AUGGAUUCUACGAAUCUUAAUUUUCCAAAGUUGGUGAAUGCACCUGAUUUUGACUGGUUCAACUUUGAAGAAAACCCAUUCGGAACGGCUUUAGAAUUGCCGCCUUUUGAAAUGGACGGCUUUUACGACUUCAAUGAUUAUAACUUCAAUUCACUCGCACUGCCUAGCCGAACCGAUUAUCUUGAGUUCAAGGAUUUCGAAGAUAUAAGCGGUGACUUUGCCUUGUUUGAGAACACCAGUACUCUGCCAUCACUGCAUGAAGAUAUCCUGGUUGACGCAAAGCCACUAAAGACAAUGGUUGGUCCGUUGGGGCAAUAUUGCGGCAAUAUUACUAAUAUGGGUGGUUCAAGUGAAACAGUGACUGUGAUCCAAAGUGAUUAUGGGGCUUCAAGCGGAUAUGGUCAGCAAAGGAGACUUAGUGGAAGAAAGAGGACUGCCCCAUUGGAAUUAGAUGAGAUUCAGAAGUAUUUCGAUUUCCCGAUAUCGAGAGCAGCUAAAGAGAUGAACGUGGGGCUGACUGUGUUGAAGAAGAGGUGCAGGGAACUUAACAUCAUGAGAUGGCCUCAUAGGAAGAUCAAGAGCUUGACGGCCCUCAUUAACAAUGUCAAGGAGCUUGGAUUGACUAAGGAGAUAAUGAUGUUGGAGGAACACAGGAGGUUGCUUGAAAAACUGCCAGACAUGGAAUUGACUGAGAGAACAAAGAAGCUGAGGCAGGCUUGUUUCAAAGCUAAUUACAAGAAAAGAAGGUCCCUAGCAGCUUAUUAUUGA